UAAAUCUACAAAUACAACUUCCGAACAACACUUCUUCUCAUUAAUAUAGAAAUUCCUCUGAUGUCACCAAAUAGUUUGCGGUUGUGAUACGAAAAACUUAAGGAACGUUUGCUUACGAUUUUGAGAACUAAUUCAUUGACAUAAUUUAAAUGAAAAUAUGUCAGCAAGCUUACCAUGCUGAAGGUGCUGGUCACUAUUUUAAACGUGACACUCUCCCAUACUCAAGGUAUAGCGCUAGGGAUGAAUAGACGAGUGAAAGGUGUUAAAACUUUUCAACUGUGACGAAAUUAAUUAGACUAAUUUCACUCUGUCUCAAAGCCACAUUCAUUAUGGAGCCAGAAUCAUCUGACGGGACGUAUUGAAAGAACAACAGUUUGCUUUCGGAAUUCAAACAUGAAGCACUGGCUGUCUUGGUGUUCGGUGGUGCCUUUUUUAAUGCUAUCCACCUCAGAAUCUCAGAACACAACACACCGAAAUGGCAAUACAGCAGGUCAGGCAGAGGAAGGGCGUAUAUUAUUUCGCGGUAAACCACUCCUGAUCUAUCCACCGACGGCUCCAACUCGACAUCAGCUGAUCGUAGGUAUUGGUGUGCCGGUGCAAGAAAUUCCCCAUUCGGUCGUGUUUGGUUGGGUGUUGAAGGCACAGUACUAUUUACCUACGGUGCCAGAGAACUACGAACCGAUCAAUUUGGAGAAUUGGAACGAGAGCCGCCGUGCAUUGCCGGAUCGAAUGCGCCGAUCGAUCGAACAUUACGAGGUGGAUAAUGUGCGUAUUCGCGUGGAACCACUACCACAGCGAGAUGUGUCAAGCAACCUGGUAGAGGAUGACGAUGAUUACUAUGGUGAAGAGGUAGAGCGUGAUAUUGAUCCUGAUCCGCAAAAAGUGGAGGAGUCAAAAGAGAAGGAUGCUCCUAAGAAAGAAGAGCAAGAUAGUGCGAAUGGCUAUCCGGAAAGUUACAAUAUGCCCAACGGACGAUGGACAGUAUAUAAAGCUAUUGAAGGACUGAGCAGUGGAUAUGGGUACGGUGGAAGGGCUUGCAUGCUGCGGAGUAUUUGUGAAGCUGCCGGGACACAAUUUACGCACACGGGAGGAGUAUUUGCGGAGCUGCUACAUAUCAUGCUUAGUCCCUCGACCACAAACGAACCAGUUUCCGAGCAUCGAGACAACGAGUACUUCCGUGCGGAGCAGCUAGGUCUAUCUGGAGCACCCUGUGCCACUAUAUUCUACGAGUGUUCCACUUCGCUGCUGGACAUGUUCUCCGGUGUGCAUGAUCUACACGCACCAACGUCAUCAUUCGCACCCAAAUAAUAAAAAUGGUUGACUUUCACUUCUAAAACGGGUCUGGUAACGUUUAACACCCUUUACCGGCACUUAAUAUGUGAUCAAUAAAAAUAUAAAUAGCUAAACGAUCGUCUAACACUACCUGCUUGCCUUCGUCGUCAAUUUUUCGAGUGCAAAAGAGGUCAU